AUGGGGAGCCGACAGGCCGAGAAGCUUAUGAACCAGAUCAUGGAGCUCAAAUUCACGGCCAAGAGCCUCCAACGUCAAGCAAGAAAAUGCGAAAAAGAUGAGAAAUCCGAAAAACUCAAAGUCAAAAAGGCAAUAGAAAAAGGUAACAUGGACGGAGCUCGGAUUUACGCCGAAAACGCCAUCCGUAAACGCAACGAGCAGAUGAAUUACCUUCGUUUAUCCUCCCGCUUGGAUGCUGUCGUUGCCAGGCUUGAUACUCAGGCGAAAAUGACCACGAUUAGUAAAUCCAUGUCGGGGAUCGUCAAGUCCUUGGAGUCAACUCUAGCUACAGGGAACUUACAGAAGAUGUCGGAAACGAUGGAUCAGUUCGAGAAACAGUUUGUGAAUAUGGAGGUGCAGGCUGAGUUUAUGGAGAGUUCGAUGGCUGGAAGUACUUCGCUUUCGACUCCGGAAGGGGAGGUUAAUAGUUUGAUGCACCAAGUGGCUGAUGAUUAUGGGCUUGAGGUGUCGGUUGGAUUGCCUCAGGCGGCUGGGCAUGCUGUGCCGGUGAAGAAUACAGAAAAGGUCGACGAGGAUGAUCUAUCCCGGCGUCUUGCGGAGCUCAAAGCUCGUGGGUAA